GGAAUUCUCAAUCUCUCCCUAAACCCUAAACCCAAGUUGAAGUUGGAGUCUUUCCUCGCCCUUCAACAGGUUACUAUGAAUCUCUCUUUAGCUCGGCGCUUGGCCCUUGAUGUUAGGGUUAAUUGACUCGUACGAUCCAAGAAUGGAGUCUUAGUUAUUAGUAAUGGGAAACUUAAGGUAGAGAAAUUUGUUCGCACUAUGCAUUCACUUCCCAGAUAUGCUUAGAAGUCUGGGCAAGCUUCGUCUUACCUACCGUGCCCGCAUUUCUAAUUAUGUGAAAACUGGGCUUGUAGACGAAGCAAUCCAGAUGUUCAAUGAAAUGACUGAAUCAGACUGCAGGGUUUUUAGCAUUGAUUACAACAGGUUCAUUGGUGUCUUGAUUAAGAAUUUGUGGUUUGACUUGGCCGAACAGUAUUACAACGAGAUGAAGACCAACGGGUUCUCUUUGAAUCCCCUUACGUAUUCAAGAUUUGUUGUCGGGUUGUGUAAAGUUAAGAAUUUUGAGCUUAUUCAUCGACUUUUAGAUGAUAUGGAUAGGCUUGAAGUAGUCCCUGAUAUUUGGGCUUGUAAUAUGUAUCUAAAUCUUUUGUGUAGUGAAAACUUUGUGGAUCUAGCAUUGGAGAUGUUGAGAGUCAUGGGGGAGAAAGGGAGAUGUCCCAAUGUGGUCAGCUAUACUGUUGUUAUUAAUGGGUUGUGCAGGGUUAGAAGGUUUGAUAGUGCAGUUGAAAUAUGGAAUAUGAUGAUCAGGAAUGGUCAUAUACCUGACUACAAGGCUUGUAGAGCUGUUGUAUGGGGUCUGUGUGAGUGUGGGAAGGUUGAUAUGGCUUAUGAACUCACAUUAGGCGUUAUGAGAAGUCAGGUUAAGUUUGACAUAAAGUUAUACAAUAAACUCAUUGAUGGGUUCUGCCGAAUAGGAAGGAUCGAUAAAGCCCAAGCAAUUAAGUCGUUUAUGAGAAAGAAUGGAUGUGAUCCGGAUUUGGCUACUUACAACAUUUUCUUGAAUUAUAGUUGUAACGAGCUUAUGUUGGGGGAAGCAGAGAGAUUGAUAGAGAAGAUGGAGAGUGGUGGUAUGGUACCUGAUAACUACAGCUAUAACCAGCUUCUUAAAGGUCUAUGUAGGGCCAGGAAAAUGGACAAGGCAUGCACAUUGAUGAUCACUAAGAUGGAUCCGAAAGGAUUGGUUGACGUUGUUUCUUAUAACACCAUAAUUAGAGCUCUCUGCCAAAUGGGCCACUCCAAGAGGGCGUACAAGCUAUUAGAGGAGAUGGUUCAAAGGGGAAUAAGUCCCGAUGUUGUAACUUUUACAAUUUUAAUAAAAUGCUUCUUAGAAGAAGGAAAUUCUGAUGUAGCCGAGAUGCUUCUUGACCAGAUGACACAAAUGAAUCUCUUUCCAGAUCGUGUGUUAUAUACCACUAUUAUUCACCAUCUUUGCAAGACUGGAAGAAUAGGGAGAGCACAUAGCACUUUCAAUGACAUGUUGGAGCAGGGUGUGGGCCCCGAUGUUGCUUCCUACAAUGCACUGGUUAACGGGCUUUGCAAAGCUUCAAGAGUCAGUGAAGCUAUGAACCUUUAUGAAGACAUGCAAAAGAGAGGUUUAUGCCCGGAUGGAGUGACAUUCAAGGUAAUUAUUCAAGGACUAAUUCAGGAAAAGAAACUUCCAUGGGCUUGUGCUAUAUGGGAUCAGAUGAUGGAGAAGGGAUUUACUCUUGACAGUGAUUUGUCUGAAAAGCUAGUUAAUGCCAUGAACGUGAAUGGUGUUUCUUCUGAUGAUGUAAGGUGACCAAAAGGAUAAAUAUGUUGAGGUCUACCUAAUGGUUAGCCACAAUGAUGGUCAGGCUGCUGAACUCACUUUUUUAUGUGAUGCAGUAGAUACAAUGCAUACUUAAUUUCUUGAAGGGAUCCUUAUACGUAGCUGCUGCUCUAUCUUGUUGUGCACGGAGUAUGCCAUCUGGCAAACCCCUGCUUGAGCUAGCCAGCAGAGGAAAAUGAGGAGGAAACCAGGUUGGGAUGAAUUUUAGCUGGCGGGUUUAACCCAGAAAGCCAAUAGGCAGUCCCUUGUGGGAUUUCAACCACGGGAUCUUUUUGUCACUGUGUUCACUGUCUAACUGACUUUGGGGGAUAUGACCGACGGCAUGCAAUUCUGUUACAGCAUGUUUGGGAAUCGGAAUUUGGAUUUCAAAUUCGGAUUUGACUCUUCCAUGUUUGGGAAAUCUUAAAAGUUUGGAUUUGGAUUUGAGUAUGGUCUAGGCCAAAACUGAUUGAGCUGCUGCUUGCAAACUAUGCUUGGGAAGCACAGUAUCUUACUCUUGGGAGAUUGGUUGUGACGAAGACGGAGAUCUAAUUCUACCGUGUUUUCCUUGAAGGUAAGAAACCAGCUGAGCACUUUGCAUGUUAGAAGUGAUGAGGAACUGAACCCCUGUUAGCAUUUUGGAUUGUUUUUUAAUGGUGUUGAUUAGCUUUAAAAACGCGAAACCAAAACGCUGGCAAAACGUUAAAGCUAAUAGUUAAAUUUGUUCCCAAACGGGCACUAAACAUCUAUGGUUGUUCUUCAUAAUAAUUCUAUUAAAGCGGUAUCAUUGGU